GAAAACAUGAUCGUAACUACUGGAGGUAGUUCCUUGUGGGCGGUAGUGUGUAUAGUUCAUCGGCGGUAAAAUAACUUACUGUCGGCUUUAGCUUAAUUUCACUUUGUCUACGACAGCGACGUGAUGACAGAAUUAAAACCUUGUAAGGUGUGCAAUGUCUCACGGCAGAAAUCAUACGGCUUGGUGGUUUCUUCUUUAACACAACUGAAGAUUAAAGGAUGCGAGUCUCUUGGCUUCGAUCCAGACGCCGUCUCUGUGGUUUUAGAAGAUGACGGGACAAUAGUAGAAGACGAGGCCUACUUCUUGUGCUUACCACCCAACACAAAGUUCAUGCUUUUGCACCAAAGAGAGAUAUGGGCCCCACUUAAAAAAAUUGACGGAGGGACGGCAUGGCUGACCAGGGACUCUAUGGACCUGGAGACAGUGGAGGCAGAUUCAGUGGACAGCUCAUUGGCUGUACCCCACUCCUGGCAGUCCCUGGCUCAGCAGCUGAGACAGGACCUGGCCAGCAUUAUCCUCAUGUCUGAGGCUGACCUGCAGUCCCUGGUGGACGUCCCUGGCUUGGAGCUGGCCUCCGCCCUGGGCUUCCAGGAGAACAAGGCUCAGAACCUCCAGGAGACCCUUCAGAGGGUGUUGGACCGCAGGGAGGAGGAGAGGCAAUCCAAGGAGCUGCUCCAGCUGUACCUCAGAGCUGUGGAGAAGGAGGACAGCCAGCCUGCCCUGCCCAGCCAGACCGGGGCAGGUGACAUGGACGUGCCAGAUGGGAUGGAGGUAGACUCAUCGUCAGGUUUCAUGUCCAGGACUCUGAUGGUCAUGAAGGGCAAGACCAGCCCUGAGACCAGGCUCUCCAACGAGGAGAUCCAGAUGGUGGUGAGUAAGGGCGCAGCCUCCAUGGAACAGGUGCUGGGCUGGGGCCCUGAGAGGACCUCGGCUCUGCUGCAGGCCUGCGAAGGAGAGCUGACCAGGAGACUGCAGAAGGUCCAGGCCAUGCACUCUCUCACCGCCUCCUCCAUCUCCCCCUCACAGCAGGAUGGCACUCUGCCCUCAGCGGACAGCCCGGACCAGCACACGCCAGUCAAGCGUAGCAAGUAGGCUAACACGGUGCUCCCUGAACACUGGGGCUGAUGAGAGCACAUGUUGCCUGCGCCGAAGGGGAAGGAUGAUAAGCCUCGCUGUUAGCGCUAGCCGUUCAUGUUGAUGUAUGCCUCCAUCAGGGAAUGCUGAUGAGGCAGAUGGAUGAAAUUAGCCAAGAUAACACAUCUGGGAGUAUGGGGGGUGAAGGGAGGGGUGGGGGUGGGGGGGGCAAAGCCUAUUUGUCAUGAGCCAAAAUACAUUUGCAUGUAUAUAUUUUUUUUUUUGCUUAACUCGUGUUUAUGAGAGAAGCUGGGAGAGGACCACUUGUGGUGUGUGUUGAUAGAGUUCUCAAGACGUGGAUAUUGAACCCUGAAAUGUCCAGAUUUGGGGUUAUGUGCACCGUCUGUUCUAGAGGGUUUGCCAUGGCUCUUAUCCCCAAGCAAGUGAUUGAUCCUCUACCUUAACAGACGGGAGUCUUAAUAAAUCAUAAUUAUCUGAGAGAGACAGAAAGUUGAGGAAAGAAGGCGGUAAUGGCUUAGAACAAUUUGUCUCUGCCGCUGACUUAAAAAGUUGCGUCCAUAUUUGCCUCUGUUUGUUCAUUCUUUAGACCCAACAAAGCCUCACACUUGAAGUUAUUAUUUUUUGACUCACAAAUCAAGUUCACUUUUCAAAUAAUGACCAAACUAUGUGCUAUGAUAUGCAGAUACUCCUUAGCUUAUAUUAUACAUUGUACUUAAACUGUGUCGUAUAGAAGCCACUUUUUCUGCGCUUGUGUUUUGGACACCAGUACCCCCUAAUUAUAGAAGGGAUGAGUGAUUGUGAUGUAACCAUGCAUGUGCGCCCAUGUGAGUCAUGUUUGUGCGUUGAUACGACAGCUCUGUGAUAUCAUACCCCCUGGUCUAUACCAUGAGCACUUCUAGCCCCAUUAUCACAUAUCACACAAUACAGGGUGGUGUUUGAGAACAUGUUACCAGACAUGACAGAACCAGGAGAAUAUUUCACCUUAAAAACAGGCUUAUGUUAUUUUGGAUUCAAUUAAAAAAUGGUGUCCUCAACCUGAACGCUCCCUUAAAGGCUGGCAUAAGUUCAUCCCUUUCCAACCUAAUUUUGUUCCUAUGAAAUAUAUGGUGUUAUUGUCAUGUAAUGUAUUAGUAACAUGUUUUUAUGGGAGCUCUGUGUGUACGUUUUUUAAGUCAGUGUCCUAAUGAGGCACUUUGUUUUUGCAUGUUUGCUUUGCUGUUGAAAGGAGGCAGAACACUGCUUCCAGUAUUACUUUGACCAAUCACAGAAUGAUGUCUUCCUGACUACAAUAAACUGUAACUUGGACCUGUA